AUGCUCGGCAGUGUAUUCUUAUACCGAAUGCCCUGCCCUUCUAUCAGGCUUGACACCAGAUGUCCGUUACUAUAUACAGAAGGAAGUUUACAGCCAGUUCACCCCAUGGUGCUUCUGUUCAUGUGCAAUGUUGUGCAAUAUAAGACUUUCGUCAAACGGAUUACACCGAACUGGCUAUCAUGGCUGCUGUCUGCUAGGAGACUUUCGAGGGGCAAUGUUGGAGAAUUGAUACCGUACUCUCCACCGGAAAACUCUUCCAAUUACCUGGAUUACGACUGUCAAAUGGAGCUCAAACUUAAGGGUAAAGGCUCAUUGCUUACUAAUUUCGUCACCAGUUUGUUUACAAGAAAACCUGAUGUUCACGUAGAACACGAAAGUGAGAACGAUCCGUUCGACGCUCAAACAUUUGCAUUUGAAGCCGCCAGCAGAUGGGCAUUCGAAAAAUACGACAAGAUAAAAGACCUAAAGAGGUUUGGUUGCAACUAUCAAGUCAGCGGCAAGAAGCAUCAUAUAGCAUGUGACUUCGCUAAAUAA